AUGGAACCUCAUUUCUCAUCUAAUACACUACCACCCGAUCAUUUUCUCUCUCAACCACGUCCAGAUUCGACCGCAAAUGCCACAACCCUCGGUUCUGUCGACACUACCACACUAGCAGCCCAUGAUUUCGACGUCGACAACCGUUCUGGGUUCAUGCCGCCGCAGGAACCUCUGGGAAGACUUCCUGUGCAGUGGGAGGCUUGGGAGGCCGUUUUAGAUGUUGCGAUCCAGGAUCGUUUACAAUUGGGGGAGAAAGUCGAUCAGAGUCAGGAAGAGAAGGAUAAAUCUUCGCAUUGGAGGGCGAGGGUGCGGGAGUUACCAUUACUCCCAACGACAGACCUGAAAUCAUCAGAAAUUGUGCUCCGUAGAGCCCAUAUUGUGCUAGCCUGGAUCAUGCAUUUCUACGUCCACUCUCUUCCUCUGGACAAUGAUAUCAAGAUUCCUUCACCGAUUACUAUCCCAUUGUUGCAAGUUUCGAACUAUCUGCAGCUGCCUCCUGUUCUCACGUACUCCGAUGAUGUCCUAUACAACUGGAAGUCCAAGUCCAAUUCGACCACCAUGCCUCAUCUCAACGACCUCCAGUCUCGAACCCUUUUUACUGGCCUGGGGGACGAAGAGGAGUUCUACUUGACUUCUGUUCGUAUAGAGCUACGAGGUGUUGAGGCCUUGUCUCUCAUGCGUUCGACUAUGGACGAAUUGUUCGUAAGCGAUGAGAUUGCUGUGAAGCGUAUCACAUCGUACCUCACUCGCCUAGCAAAAGUCAUUGAUGAGCUUAGCAACCUCCUCAUGACAGUCCGACAUGGUUGCGACCCAGACAUAUUCUAUAAUAAAAUCAGACCUUGGUUCAAGGGUGCUGAUUCUGAUCGGCGACCGUGGACAUUCGAGGGUUUAGACAGAGAGGAAGCGGAGGGGUUAGAGGUCCCAACAGAGCUAUCCGGUCCUAGUGCAGGACAGAGUUCGCUGAUUCACGCGAUGGAUAUCUUCCUGGGUGUUGUAGAGUACUCCCAUUCAGAGGAAAUUACCGGGUCUACGACGCCUUCCUCUACCUCCGAGAUCUCACACUCAUCGACACGCCCGUUGUCGACCUCUUAUUCGUCUACGACUGAGAGACAAUCCUUCCUUGCUAGAAUGCAACUGUAUAUGCCCAGACACCACCGAAAUUUCCUCAAUCAUCUACGUUCCACUACUAGACCUUUACGGCAAUUCGUUGUCAACAAUACCUGUGCUGAUCCCGAUGACGCCAGAAAUACAGCCUUGCUUGAUGCCUAUAAUCAAGCGAUUGUGGCGUUGAAGGGGUUUAGGGAUAAACACAUAAUCCUCGUAUCGCUAUAUAUCGUCGGACCUGCUAGAAGGGCUUCGAUUCGCACCCGUGAUGAAAUAGGUGGAGGAGGGGAAGGUACCGGUGAAACAUCAGACUUGAAGGGAACUGGGGGAACGAAUUUGGUCAAGUUUUUGAAGGAUGUUAGAGACGGCACGAAGGGUGCUACUAUCCGCAUGACUUAA